UGUUCACUCUUGGUUUGGUCUCAGCAAAACGAAGAGGGAAAAGGCAGAGCUAUCGAGUGGUCCGAUUCAGGGUUUCGCUACCAAAUUCCAUUCUGCGGCGGCGCGUUCGAGAUGGCCGGUGCCGGAAUGCACCCUUACCACCAGCAAUGGACGCCAGCAGCCCCGCCUCCUCCACCACCCGCCGCUGGCACAGCUCCUCCUCCCAUCCUCGUCGAAAACCCUAAUCGCUCCGCUACUGAUGAGGUUCGAACGAUCUUCAUUACGGGUCUUCCGGAUGAUGUAAAGGAGAGGGAGCUUCAGAAUCUUUUGAGGUGGCUGCCAGGAUAUGAGGCUUCCCAAGUUAACUCGAAAGGGGAAAAGCCAAUGGGUUUCGCUUUGUUUGCUUCCGGUCAGCAGGCCAUUGCUGCAAAAGAUACACUUCAGAAUAUGGUAUUUGAUGCGGAUUCCAAGUCGGUUCUGCACACAGAGAUGGCCAAGAAAAACCUUUUUGUUAAAAGAGGAAUAGUGGCAGAUUCAAAUGCUUAUGAUCAGAGUAAGCGCAUGCGAACUGGUGGCGACUACUCGCAUGCUGGCUAUACAAGUCCAUCUCCUUUUCAUCCUCCUCCACCACCUGUUUGGGGACAUCAUGGGUUUAUGGCCCCACCUCCUCCUCCAUUUGAUCCUUAUGGAGGCUAUCCUGUUCCUCCUGUACCAAUGCCUGCUCCUGCUCCUGUGCCAGCACCUAGCAGUUAUGUGCCUGUCCAGAACACUAAAGAUAAUCCACCAUGUAAUACCUUGUUUAUUGGCAAUCUUGGAGAGAACAUAAACGAAGAAGAACUGAGAGGCUUGUUUAGCGUGCAGCCUGGUUUUAAGCAAAUGAAAAUCUUGAGACAGGAGCGGCAUACUGUCUGUUUCAUCGAGUUUGAAGAUAUGAACACUGCAACCCACGUACACCACAGUUUGCAGGGUGCAGUGAUUCCCAGUUCAGGUUCUGUUGGCAUGAGAAUACAAUUUUCGAAAAAUCCAUUUGGGAAGAGGAAAGAUGGCCACCCAAUUGGUGUACCUGCUGCCAAUGGAACUCCACCGGCUAUGACAUAUCAGUAGCUCGAAGGGGAUGUACUCUGUUUCUUAUGCUUCGACAAAUACAACUACUACAUGAUAGGAUGCAUCUUGCAGCUGUUGCAUGCAUCCAUUUCAUAUCAAGUCAUCAGCAUUAACAUUUCUCCUCAUGCAAAUGAAUUCACAUAGUGGCAUCAUCGACAUACCAUUUGGUCAUGUUACCAUGCUAUACUUAUUGUUUCAAGACAUGCAUUUGUCUGUAUGUUGUGAACGCCUGGACUUAGUGGCAAUUAUUGUUUAUCAUAUUUAGGACAAAAUAGCGCAUGGGGUCUGCAGAUUUGGUGGAAUUUCGUGAUUUUGUUCUUCAUAUUAUUAACUUCCUGUACAUUUUGACAUUUAGACUUGCCUAUCGAUGUAUACAUAUUGUUUUUCAACAUAUCAUUCUGUGUUAGGUUGUUAAA